CACUGAUAGGCCGAACUGAUGAUGGAUACUGAUAGACAGCACUGAUAGGUGGCACUUAUUGGCAUCACUGCUGGGCACUGACUGGCGGCACUGCUAGGCAUUGACUGGCGCAACCGCUGGGUAAUGACUGGCAGCACUGCAUUGAUGGGCACUGGUGGGUGGCACUGGUGGGCACAGGUGGGUGGCACUGAAGGGGGGCACUGCUGGGCACAGGUAGGUGGCACUGCUGGGUGGCACUGCUGGGCACAGGUGGGUGCACUGCUGGGCACAGGUGGGCGGAACUGGUGGGUGGCACUGCUGGGCACCGAUCAUCAGGGCACUGAUCAUCAGUGCUCUGAU